AUGACCCACUCCUGCUGCUCCCGUUGCUGCCAGCCUACCUGCUGCAGGACCACCUGCUGUAGGACCAUAUGCUUCCAGCCCACCUGUAGUGGGUCCAGCUCUUGUGGGUCCAGCUGCUGCCAGUCCAGCUGCCCCGCAACUUGCUCUCAAACCACCUGCUGCCAACCUACUUAUGUGACCACCUGCUGCCAGCCCACCUGCUGUAGGACCACCUGCUGCAAACCCACCUGUGUGACCACCUGCUAUCAGCCCAUCUGCUGUGAGCCCAGCUGCUGCCGGCCUUGCUGCCCCCCAACUUACUAUCACACUAGUGAAAACACCUGCUGUAGGACCACCUGCUGCAAACCCACCUGUGUGAUCACCUGCUGUCAGCCCACCUGCGGUGGGUCCAGCUGCUGCCAGCCUUGCUGCCUCCCUGCCUGCUGUCAGACCACCUGCUGCAGGACCACCUGCCUCAAGCCUACUUGUGUGACCACCUGCUGCCAGCCCACCUGCUGUGAGUCCAGCUGCUGCCAGCCCUCCUGCCCCCAAACUUGCUGUCAAACCACUGAAACCACCUGCUGCAAACCUACUUGUGUGACCACCUGCUGCCAGCCCACCUGCUGUGGAUCCAGCAGCUGUGGACAAACCUGCGCUGGUUCUAACUGCUGUCAGCCUUGCUGCCAGCCAGCUUCCUGUGCACCCGUGUACUGCCACAGAACCUGCUACCACCCCACAUGCUGCUGCCUGCCUGGGUGCCUAGACCAGAGCUGUGGAUCCAGUUGCUGCCAGCCUUGCAGCCGCCCUAUCUGCUGUCAAACUACCUGCUGCAGGACCACCUGCUGCCGCCCUAGCUGUGUGUCCAGCUGCUGCCAGCCUUCCUGCUGCUGA